GUUUCUCCACUUUGCCGUGAAAUCUUGAAAAGUUGGAGAGAGAGAGAGAGGCAUCCCCAUAUUUAGACAAACUAGCGUUAAACCUAAGCCCUCCAAAUCGCACCGAAUCUAAGCCCCAACUUGUCUCUCUCUCAAUCGAAGAGCGAUCCAUCCAUCGAUCGAGCAACGGAAGGAAGACGAACCGCUGGCUCCCCUUGUCGAUUUCGGUAACGCCUUUACGUUAUCUCAUCACGGCUUUGCUUGGACUUAAAUCCCCCCGGUGGAUCAUCCACCGCCAUUCUGUUCUUCGCGGCGUUGAGAAGCACCGGACCCCUUCCCCUCACGGCGGCAGAGGCGCUCUCCCCUCCGAAGGCGGCUCCCCCUCCGAUCUCCUCUUCCUCGCCGGCGGUGGCCGCCUCCUCCGCCUUUUUCUGCUCGUCUCUGUUAAUUAAUUUGCAUUCUUAGUAGACUAGAUAGGUAUAUACCUGCAUUGAUAGAUACCUGGAGAUAUUGGUUGGUUCUUCGCAAGGAAAGAAGAUGUUGACCAUAAAAAGGGUCCCGACGGUUGUUUCCAACUACCAGGACGAGGAUCACUCUGAAGAUGACCUGGUCGUCGAUUCUCAGACCAGAGCCCUCGGUUGUGGCCGCAAUUGCGUCGGCAAGUGUUGUUUACCUGGUUCUAAGCUUCCUCUGUAUGCAUUCAGGAAAGACAAAGAUGGGGCAAUUGGUAACUGUAAUCAUAGUUUCUCUCGUGAAGGAUGUCCAACAGCUUUCCUGAACAAUUUGUUACUGGGGCAGUGGGAGGAAAGAAUGACCCAAGGAUUAUUUCGUUAUGAUGUGACCACCUGUGAGACAAAAAUUAUUCCUGGGAAGUAUGGUUUUAUUGCACAACUUAAUGAGGGUCGCCACCUGAAAAAGAGGCCCACUGAGUUUCGUGUUGAUCAGGUUCUUCAACCUUUUGAUGAGAGCAAGUUCAACUUCACCAAAGUUGGCCAGGAAGAAGUACUUUUCAGAUUUGAACAGAGCAAUGACAACAAUUCCCAUUUCUUUCCCAACGCGCUAAUCAGUGCUGAUUCAAACUCACCAAAUAUCAUUGCUAUUAAUGUGAGCCCUAUUGAGUAUGGACAUGUGCUUUUGAUUCCCCGUGUUCUUGACUGCCUCCCACAAAAGAUUGACAAUGAAAGCUUCUUGCUUGCCUUACAUUUGGCUAGAGAAGCUGCAGAACCGGCCUUCAGAUUGGGUUACAACAGUUUGGGUGCCUUUGCAACCAUUAAUCAUCUUCAUUUUCAGGCAUAUUACUUAGCUGUACCCUUUCCAGUUGAAAAGGCCCCUACUGAAAAGUUAAUGACUGGCAAGAAGCUGUCAGAUAGUGGAGUGACAGUUUCACAAUUGUUGAAUUAUCCUGUGCUCGGUCUUGUGCUCGAGGGUGGAAUUAAGCUGACUGACUUGGCCAAUGCAGCUGCUAAUUCCUGCAUUCAUCUUGAAAAGAAUAACAUUCCUUUUAAUAUUCUGAUUGCUGACUGUGGGAAAAAGAUCUUCCUGUUCCCUCAGUGUUAUGCAAAGAAACAAGCAUGUGGAGAAGUAAGUGAGGAACUUCUGGACACACAAGUGAAUCCUGCUGUAUGGGAAAUCAGCGGUCAUAUGGUACUGAAGAGAAGGAAGGAUUACGACGAUGCAUCAGAGGAGAAUGCCUGGAAACUUCUUGCCCAGGUUUCCCUGUCGUCGGAGAGGUUUGAAGAGGUGAUGGCCCAUAUCCUGGAAGCAGCCUGUAUAGCAGAGGCCGGAUCUGAUGGGACCACUGUCAACGAGGAGGAAUCCAGUCACGAGGCUCAUCCGGCCUAUGUUGCCUCCCGUUUACAUCAAGAUUGUAUGGUUCUGCAUUGAGGGACUAAUUUCGGCGUCAUUGAAGGGCUGCCCUCGUUUCACCGUUCCCUACUUUAGUGGUGGGUAUGCUGGUAAAGUGGUACCCAGAAUCUGUUCCGAACGAUGGUUGAAGUAGUUGUCCAUAAAUGUCCUGUGACUCUCUUAAGACUUUGCUCCCCUUAUCUUGUAACUAUAUCGUAAAAAGUUUGCUUGGCUGUUCAUCAUAAUCCUUUGCAGGAUCUGUUUGCAAUUGUUUGUAUACCUGUAAAGUGUUUUCCUGACGAACCCCACGAGACCUGGAAACAGGGCAUUAAACUACGAGGCCAACAACCAUCUGUGACAUUGAAUUGUUGAAUAUUAGAAAU